CCAUUUAUUCACUUCCCCCCAUAACUUACAUCUUUUCAUUGAGUUGGGUUGCCAUAUAAACGACCCACUUCAGAAACUUUGGAGACAAACCAUCUGAGUAUCAUCUAUGGGCGAUGGAAAACAGAGCGUUGUGCUAUUCCCCUUCAUGGGGCAGGGCCAUAUCAUUCCAUUUCUUGCUUUAGCCCUCCAUAUCGAGCAAACAAACAGCUCUGACUACGCCAUUUACUUUGUGAACACUCCCUUGAACGUUAGGAAGCUCAAAUCUUCACUUCCUCCAAAUUCUUCCAUUCGUUUUCUUGAGAUCCCUUUCUCAAGCAUCACCCAUGGCCUCCCACCCGCAUCUGAAAACGCUGAUACUCUUCCUUAUCACCUUGUCAUGCGUCUUUUCCAAGCUUCCGCUUCCCUUGAGUUCAAAUCCUCUUUCAAGGAAGCCAUUCAUAAUCUCACAAUUGACAACCAUGGCCGCCCUCCACUCUGUAUCAUCUCCGACAUCUUUCUUGGCUGGACUGCAACUCUUGCUAAAGAACUCGGUGUGUACCAUGCAAUUUUUAGUGGUGCAGGUGGUUUUGGCUUGGCUUGCUAUUGCUCUCUUUGGUUCGAUCUUCCUCACCGGAAGGUUGCCACGGACGAGUUCUCUCUGCCGGAUUUUGAAGAAGCCUCGAUUGUUCUCCAUAGGACCCAGUUGCCGGCCAACAUUGCGGAGGCCGACGGUGAGGACGAUGGGUCGAUUUUCCAUAGGGAAAAUUUAUCGGCGUGGGUGGAUUCUGAUUGGUUGCUUUUCAACACGGUUGAGGAGUUUGAUCAAAUUGGGUUGUCGUAUUUCCGGCGUAAAUUUCCCGGUGCAAUUGUUCGACCAAUCGGCCCACUUGUAUUGGAAUUAAAAAGCCGAGAUCGUAUCGGCAAUACAGCCGGAGAAGUAACAAGAGAAGCCAUCCUCAAAUGGCUGGAUUCAAAGCCAUCGAACUCUGUUUUAUACGUCUCUUUCGGGUCGAUGAACACGAUUUCCGCCUCACAAAUGAUGCAAUUAGGCAAAGCAUUAGAGGGCAGCGGCAAGAAUUUCAUCUGGGUAGUUCGGCCUCCGAUUGGGGUGGACAUAAACUCAGAAUUCAAGGCAGAUGAAUGGCUGCCGGAAGGAUUCGAAGAGAGAAACAAAGCUUCAGGGAGGGGGCUAUUGGUGCAGAAAUGGGCGCCGCAAGUGGAAAUUCUGUCGCACAGAGCAGUAUCGGCAUUUUUAUCGCACUGUGGAUGGAAUUCAGUGAUGGAAUCGCUAAGCCAAGGGGUGCCAAUGUUGGGAUGGCCGCUAGCAGGAGAGCAGUUCUUCAACGUGAAAUUUCUGGAGGAGGAGGUGGGGGCUUGCGUGGAGGUGGGGAGAGGAAAACAAAGCGAAGUGAAGAGUGAGGAUAUUGAAAGGAAGAUAAAAUGGGUGAUGGAAGAGACAGAGAAAGGGAAGGAGAUGAGAAGAAAUGCAGAGAAAGUGAAGGAGACAAUAGACAAGGCGUGGAAACAUGGGAAUGGAUCCUCUGUUAAAUCAGUACAUGACUUUCUGACCGCCGCCGCCAAACAACUCAUUGUUUAAGCUUUUAAUUUUAAGGUAUCAUGAUGAUACGCUACAAUAAGAACACAUUAAAUCCAAGUACUUUUAUUAUUAUUAUUAUUAUUAUUAUGGUCAUGGGUCAGAAUUCGUAUAUUGUGAGGCCCAGCCGCAACAAAAUCAGAAACAGAAAACAAUACCCAUUUGGGUAUCACGGAGGCCCAGUUGAUGGUUUA